AUGCAUUUCAUCAAGGCCAUUGUUUGGGGUAUAUCCCUUGCUGCUGUCAACGCAGCUGCUUUGCCUGCCGAUGGAUCUGGUGUCUCUACCUGCGAGUACUCCGGCGGCGACCGAGCCUGUGAAGCUCAUUGCAUCGAGAAGGGCAAGACCUUUGUGUCAUGUGCACCUGAGUGCACAUGCUCCGGCCGCUUGGGCAAUCCUCUGAGACGCCUUGUCAAGAGGAAGACCACCUCUUCUGCCAAGCCUACCACUGUCAAGGUCCAGGCCACUACUUCCAAGAAGGCCACCACCACUUCUAAGCCUGCUACUACAUCCAAGCCUGCUACGACAUCUAAGAAGCCUACUACAACCUCAAAGCCCGCUACUACCUCGAAGCCUGCUACUACCUCGAAGCCUGCUACCACUUCCAAGAAGCCUACCACCACUUCGAAGCCAGCCACUACUUCCAAGCCAGCUACAACUUCUAAGAAGCCAACAACCACGUCUAAGCCUGCUACAACCUCCAAGCCUGUGACCACUUCCAAGAAGCCCACCACUACUUCGAAGCCUGCUACAACCUCUAAGCCUGCUACCACUAGCAAGCCUGCUACCACUAGCAAGCCUGCUACCACGUCUAAGCCUGCUACCACGUCCAAGCCCGCUACCACGUCCAAGCCUGCUACCACCUCCAAGCCUGCUACUACCUCAAAGCCUGCUACUACCUCGAAGCCUCCCACCACAACCUCCAAGCCUACUACAACUUCCAAGCCUGCGACAACAACCUCCAAGGCUUCAUCGAGCUCAUCUUCAUCCAGCACCAGCUCCAAGGCCUCUACUUCUACUAGUGCCCCUGCUUCCUCUAGCAAGGCUUCCACCUCCAGCAGUGCUCCCGCUUCUACAAGCAAGGCUUCAACCAGCACAAGCUCAGCUGCAGCUUCCACUAGCUCUUCCGCUGGUGUCUCAUCCUCCGCUGCUGUCUCGUCUUCCUCCGCUGUUAUCUCAUCUUCUUCUGCUGCUGCCUCAACCAGUGCUGCAUCCAGCCAGGCCACUGGUGCCCCUGCUGGCGGUGUCACAACCUCCACUUCCGAUGAUGAUGAGUCCACCACCAGCACUCCUGCUAGCCAGUCUUCCAGUGUUGCCGCUUCUUCAAGCACUGCUGUGACUUCAGAUGAGUCUGACGACGAGACUACCACUGCCGUCUCCUCUACUUCUGCUGGUCAGUCUUCUUCCGCUGCCGCUGCUGGCACCACCACUACCGAGGCCGACGAGGAGACCACUAGCUCUGCUGCUGCCGGAGCUACUACCUCCUCUGCUGCUGCCGGUACUACGUCCGAGGCUGAUGAUGAGACCACCUCAACAUCUGCUGCUGCCGGAGCUACUACCUCCUCUGCUGCUGCCGGUACUACCUCUGAGGCUGAUGAUGAGACCACCUCAACAUCUGCUGCUGCCGGAGCUACUACCUCCUCUGCUGCUGCCGGUACUACCUCUGAGGCUGAUGAUGAGACCACCUCAACCUCUGCCGCUGCUUCUACCACUGAUACCGAUGAGGAAACUAGCACUUCGGUUGCUGCAGGCACCACCACUUCUGCGAGCGCUGGUUCUUCCACCUCAGUUGCUGAUGAUGAGACAUCCAGCGUUACUACCUUUGUCACCCUGACCCGCACCACCAGCACUGCUGAUGAGGAGUCUACCUCUGAGAAUCUCACCGGUGCCCCUGCUGGAAUCUCUACCACUUCUUCUGCCGCUGACGAGGAGUCAUCCACUCAGGCCGCUUCUUCUACAUCGGUCGCUGAUGAUGAGACUACCUCCAGCCAAGCCGCUUCGUCUACCUCUGCUGCCGAUGACGAGUCCACCAGCCAGGCUGCUUCCUCUACCUCCGCUGCUGUCUCUACCACUUCCGUCGCUGACGAGACCACUAGCCAGGCCGCUAGUAGCACAUCUGCUGAUGAGGAGUCUUCUACUCAGGUUGCCUCCACCAGCUCUGCUGUUGAGAGCACUAGCCAAGCUGCUUCCUCCACAUCGGUCGCUGAUGAUGAGACUACUUCCAGCCAGGCUGCCUCCUCUUCUACAGCUGCUGAUGACGAGACUACUAGCCAAGCCGCUGCCCCAACUUCUUCUUCCGCUGAUGCGUCCACCAGCCAGGCCGCUUCAUCCACUUCUGUUGCCGAUGACGAGACUAGCUCUGCUGCCGCCUCUACCUCAUCUGAUGCUGGGACAUCUUCCUCCGCUGCUGGCGUUUCAUCCACUUCAGCCGCUGAGACAUCUUCUUCCGUUGUCGAGUCUAGCAGCUCUCCUGCCGCCUCCACUUCGGCUGAUCAGACCUCUUCCUCCGCCGCCGCCGAGACCUCGUCUUCUGCUGCUGCCACCUCCAGCUCUGUUGCUGCUGAGUCUUCUUCAUCUGCUGCUGAGUCUUCCUCCGCUGCUGCCUCUAGCACUUCCGCUGCUGAGACAUCCUCUUCUGUGGCUGAGUCUACCUCCGCUGCUGAGUCUACUUCCGCUGCUACUUCAACUUCCGCUGCCGAGAUCUCUUCUUCAGCUGCUGAGACCUCUAGCUCUGCCGCCGCCUCUUCUUCUUCUUCUUCUUCUUCUUCUUCUUCUUCAGCUGCUGAAACUUCUUCCUCCGCCGCUGCUGAGAGCUCGUCUUCUGCUGCAGUCACUUCCAGCUCUGUUGCUGCUGAGUCUUCUUCAUCUGCAGCUGAGUCUUCCUCCGCUGCUGCCUCUAGCACUUCCGCCGCCGAGACCUCUUCUUCAGCUGCUGAGACAUCUUCGUCCGCUGCCGCCUCUAGCACCUCUGCCGCUGCUUCAACCUCCGCUGCUGAGACAUCCUCCUCUGCUGCCGCCUCUUCUUCAUCUGCUGCUGAGACUUCGUCAUCCUCUGCUUCUGUCUCUUCUUCAUCUACUGCUGAGUCUACCUCUGCUGCUGCUUCAACUUCCGCUGCCGCUUCAUCCUCAUCAGCGGCUGAGACCUCCUCUUCUGCAGCUGCCUCCAGCACCUCUGCUGCUGAGACCUCUUCUUCAGCUGCUGAGACUUCAUCAUCCUCUGUUGUUGCCUCCUCUAGCACCUCUGCAGCUGAGACCUCUAGCUCUGCCGCCGCGUCUUCUUCGUCAGCUUCUGAGACCUCCAGCUCUGCAGCUGAGACUUCCUCUUCUGCUGCUCCUACCUCCAGUACCUCUGCUGCCCAGACCUCUUCUUCAGCCGCUGAGACUUCCUCCUCUUCUACUGCUGCCGCCUCUUCUUCAUCAGCUUCUGAAACCUCUAGCUCUGCUGCCCAGACCUCUUCUUCUGCCGCUGAGACUUCCUCUUCUGCCGCUGCUACCUCUAGCACCUCUUCCGCUGGAGCUACAUCUACUUCAGCUUCUGAGACAUCCUCCUCAGCUGCUCAGACCUCUAGCUCUGCCGCUGAGACCUCUUCUUCCUCUGCCGCCUCUUCUUCAUCAGCGGCUGAGACCUCCUCUUCUGCCGCCGCCUCCAGCACCUCUUCAGCUGGCGCUACAUCUACUUCAGCUUCUGAGACAUCCUCCUCAGCUGCUCAGACCUCUAGCUCUGCCGCUGAGACCUCUUCUUCCUCUCCCGCCGCCUCUUCUUCAUCAGCAUCUGAGACCUCCAGCUCCGCUGCUGAGACCUCCUCUUCUGCUGCUGAGACCUCCUCUACUUCCGAGACUUCCAGCCAGCCCACGACCUUUGCCACAAGCACACGAACUGAGUCGGAGUCCUCUACAUCUGAGGCUGCUACCACCACUACUGCCUAG